UGGAGACAUGCGUAUUUUCUAAUCAAGCAAUUCAAUGUCCCAACUGUCUGGCAUGCCAGAAGCAAUUAUAGUCGAGUUUUUUCUGUUUUAAAACGAACUAGCUGAAACCUUCUUGGACGGCAAAGUCAAGAAUGAGUUCAUCAGUCUUUUUAACAUUCAAUCCAGAUCUUCAAGAUAUCAGUUACACAACUGAACUAGAGGCGAAAAAUGUUGAUGAUGACUUGGAAGUCGAAUCAAUGCCCCUACAAAGUGAUUGGACGGUGUGGGAACAGCUUGAAAGUAAUACCAACAAGGAUUACACAGAUAGCACCAAACCUAUAUAUCAUUUUGACAGUGUCAUGGGUUUUUGGCGUGUAUGGCAAGCUUUACCUCAACCAAGCCAACUUAUGAGAAGUCAUCGUAUGAUACGAAAGAAUAAUGACGGAGAGGAUCAAUUAGUCGAUGCUCUUAUGAUUUUCAGAGAUAAUAUUAAACCCAUGUGGGAAGAUCCAGUAAAUUCAAAUGGAGGUCAUUAUGAAAUUCGUUAUCAGUUAGCAAAAGAUGAAGAAUCCCAAGCUCGCGUCGAUGAACAUUGGAACAAUUUAGUUUUAGGCAUGAUAGGUUCUUCUAUUGAGCCGGCUGGUAUGAUAACCGGUGUACGAUUGGUUGAUAAACUCCAUACAGCACGAGGAGCAUUUCUUCGAAUUGAAAUCUGGUUCACAGAAAUGGAGAAUCCAGAUGCUAAAAAAGUUUUACGCCAAAGUAUUGAAGAAAUCAUGACGACAAGACAUGAUUCCACUAUUGAUCCCUAUGCCUUUCAAUGGGUUGUGAAAAAACAUAGUAGAACAGGCAAAUAAAAUCUAAAACGUCUCUCGAUAUUCUCAACUACUCCUGACUUUUUUUAUUCCACAAUCAAGCAAAACUUUAAAAAAAUAUGGUUUUUAUUGAAACGUUUAAAAGUAAUUUAAUACAACAAAACAAACUGUCAAUGUAACAAAUGCGUAGAUAGCAUAAAUUGUUGUAAUUUAAAUGUUUCAAGCGUAAUUUGUUUUUCCGUGGAAAUGCUGUAAAAGAUUAAAAUAUGAAAGAGCGCAAAGUUUUUUUGCAAUAAAUAAA